CCACCCAGUUUGGCAGAAAUCAUGGAGGAGACGACGGCACCGGACGAUGAGGAGCAGCUAGCGGCCGCGCUGGCCCUGAGCCGGCUGUACGGCCGGCGAGGAGGCGGCGAGGAGCGGGCACGUCCCCGUGACGAUCCCUACGCCGAAGCUUCCCUCGUUUUGGGGGUGCAGCCAGCCCUUCCUACAUUUUCCGAGGACGGGAGGAGAACCAGGAGGUUGGUCAUGAAAAGGAAGGUGCUGAGGCGCAGACCCGACGGAGGAGUAGAGGUCUCCGACGAGUCGGUGACCAGCGAACCGGAGAGCGACGCCGAGGUUUGGAGCCUGAGGCAGAAAAUGCUUCAGCUAAGGACCGGUCCGGAAGAGAGCAUCUCCGAGGGGGAAAUCGAGACGAGCGGCAGCUCCCUCGAUGAAUCCCCUUACCGGUGGCCCCCUGGGGACAGUCCCCCCUUUCUCCUCGGGGAUUUCGGGAACCGGAGCUCUCCCGCUUCUCCGUACGCCGCUGCGGCGGGACAACCCAAGUCCUUCAUUCCUCCGCGGUUUGAGCCGCUGGGACGUAACCGGGGCAAAACCGACCGAGUGGCCAAAUAUUUUGAAUAUAAACGAGAAUGGGAGAAAUUCCGAAUCCCGGGAGAGGAUCAGCGGCAAGAACUGCGCUGGGGCAUCCGGGAGCAGAUGCUCUGCAAACCCGAGCUCCCCAACAAACCGCAGCACCUCUACGUCCCCAACGCUUACGCCGUGCCGACCGAAAAGAAGAGAGCUGCCCUGCGCUGGGAGGUGCGCUGGGACCUGGCCAACGGCCUCGUCCCCAGAAAAAAAACCUCCUCCUGAUUUCCUACAGCCGCGCACCGCGCCGACGAUCUUUUAACCGUGCACAUGCUGCUCUCCCGAGCACUUUUUUUUUUCCCCUCCUUCCUCAAAUUCCUCGAUAAUUUGGAAAAAAAAAUCCCCUUUUUGCACUUCAAGCGGGUUAAAUUCUGGUAUUAAAACUUUACCCAGUGCCUCGGGUUGUUAAACGAGCUGGGUGAAACAUCCCGGCUUCCCUCCCGCGUCCUGCCGAGUUAAGAUCGGGGAGCAGGCCCCGAAAAACCACUCGGCCUGCGAGACUUUUCGAAUAUCGGGAGAAAUAAGGAUGUAACGAGCCUGGCGAUUCUUUUUUUUUUUUUGGCAUGGAAUUGCCCCCGGAUUGUUGCGUGAGCCGUUCAGGAGGUUUGAUCCACGGCGUCUCGGCCAUAUCUUUCUUUUAAUAAAGCGCGUGGAAAGAUUC